AUGGGCAGGAAUAUUUCUCAUGGUCGCGGUGGCGCGGGGAACAUCUUCUCCGGCACCGGCGGAUCGCGCACCACCACCAAGGACCUCGUCACCCCGACCAUCAAGCAAGAUGUCUUCACCACCGGCCGCGGCGGCUCCGGCAACAUGAUGCAGAACGACCCGCAACAUCCCGAACUGGCGCGCGAAUUGCAGGACGUCGAGACCCCGCCGUUGCGCAUGGACGAGGCGCCGCAUUUUACCGGACGAGGCGGUGUCGCAAACGCAUAUUUCCCCACCCCCGAAGAAGAGAAGCGCAUGCGCGAACAAGGCGAGGCGCAGUUGGCGCGCGUCAAGACCCAGGAGGCCCAACUGGCCCGCGUGAGAACCCAGUCCAAGGAUCGCCGCAAGGACCUCGAGCACACGGCCGGGGCGGCGCAUACUCCUCCUGCGGCGGUGGCCUCCCCGGGAGCUCUCAGCAGUAGCGAGAGUCGCCCGGCCAGCGAGGAGCGACAACCCUCGUCCAGUUGA